AGCACCACGAAUACAAACAAAAACAAAACGAUUCAUUCCCACUCAGACAGACGUGAAUGUUUAAGCGUUAUUAUUUACCAUAAAACACAAACAGUUCUCAUUUUUUAUCAGCUAGUUACACCUUCCGAGAGUCUGGACUUCGUGUUUAACGAUGAGAAUGUGUAGUUGUGUCAGAAAUGAGAUAUAGAUGAUCGUUAUUGUUUUCAAUGGGUAAUUAUAGGUGCAAGAUUAUACAUUCGUGGGCGUAGCUGAAAUAAUCUAAUUUUCCUCGUUUGCAAAGCACCCCCACACAGCCAGAGUUCAUAAUUUCAUGUUUUCUAAUUCCAAUAGAGCAUAAUGGCUGUAAUGACGGCAAGUGUGCUAAACAAUUUUGCGGACUUGGCUCUAUCCCUUCCGACUCCGUCCUUAGAAGCAACUAUCAAACAGAAUCCUUCAAUUGUAGACUCUACAGGCUAUGAUGGCAGAACGGCCCUCCAGAAGGCGGUAAUGGUGGGGAAUCUACCAGUGGUGAGAAUGCUUCUUCAGUAUGGCGCAGACCCAAACUUAAGAGCGCAGUCAGGCGAGACUGCAGUUCAUGUUGCUUGCUGUCGAGGCUUCCUGAACGUGGUGGUCACACUGUUCAAGCAUGGAGGUGACCCCAUGAUACUGGAUAGUUCCGGGAGAGUUGCAGUACACUGUGCGGCCAUUGCUGGAUCCCUGUUGUUAAUACAGUAUUUAGCUGAAGUGUGUGAAGUUAACCUUGAAGCUGAGGAUGGCCGUGGCUGCACCCCAUUGCACAUUGCAGCUGCCUGUGGUCAUCUAGAUCUUGUGCAAUAUCUUGUGAAUAAGAAAAAAGUGAAUCGUACAAAAAUGGACACCGAUGGUAACAGUGUGUUGCAUGCUGGAGCUGCAGGUGGGGUCUCUGGGGUGUGCUGGGUGAUCACAUACCCAGGUGCUGAAAACCUCCUUACAACUCACAAUGCUGCUGGUCUUACGCCUUCUCAGGUUGCGCAGGCCUCACUCUCUGUCUCCCCGGACUGCCGCAAGUGGCUGGACAAGUGGACACACCAGUAUUCUCGGGGCGGAGCGGUUGAGUCCCCUCGCUGGCCCUGGCUCAUACAGCUGUUAACCCCCGUGACCUUGUUCUAUAUUGGCAUUAUUCUGUCGGUCCUAGCAAUGCCCCAUCAUCAGUGGAUGGUUGGAGCGCCCGUGUUCAUUGUGGCUCUGACGGUGAUGGCCAGACAGCAGCACCGCAUGAAGCAUCCUGUUAGAUGGCCAAACCCCAUAUACCUUGGAGCAUAUGGAGGAGGACUCUUUUCUACCCUAGCGUGCUACAUCAUCUCAGUGGAAGCUUACCGGCAUGAAUAUCUCAUUAUAUCGCUUGUGAUGUGGAUUGUGGCUGGCUUUCAUAUAGGUCUCUUUUACAAAUUGAUAACAGGUGAUCCAGGUAUAGUACGUGCUGAAGGGCCACUUCAAGAGGUGCUAAGAGGAGUGGGUGAGGGAGUGGUUCGUGGCUACUGCUCAGAGUGCCAGCUUGCGAUGCCCCCUCUCUCGCACCAUUGUCGCUUGUGCGUCAAGUGCCACCACCAGAUGGACCACCACUGCCUGUUCCUCAAUACUUGCAUAGCGUCCAACAACCACUGGCACUUCGUUGUGUUCGUGAUGACAAAUCUCUUACUGAUGGUGGGGUUUGUGCAUGGGGCCUUUGUUGCCACCAUGCCCAAAACCGAUGAAGGAGACUGGAUAGAGAGGCUGUUAGCACAUAUGUUGUAUCUUCUGAAUGAAAAUGUGUGGGCCCUGCUGAUGAUCAUAUGCAAUGUUGUCUCCUUUGUAUGGGGCUUCCAUCUCUUAAAAGGCCAGUUCAAAGUCAUUGGGUCUCAACAAACAACACUGUGCCGCCUAAAGCUUGGAACCCCGUUGACCAAACUGACGAUCAAGGAGAGAAUGAAGAACGUGUGGAGUUUCCUUGUCCGUGGCAGAGUGCCAUUAAGCAAUCAGACUCAUUACUUCAACCAAGUCUAGCUCUUGGGUGUGGUUUAGUAGUUUGGUUUGUUAUGUUGUCAGUGUCUUUUCUCUACAGCACAAUGCUUGUAAUACAAUUAUGUCAGGGCAGCCAAGAUGACAGUCCCCUUUUAUCCUAACUGUUUAUGAGUUUUAUCUGAGUAUUUUCUUGAAUUCUUACUUGAAAUGUGUCGUAUCAAAAAUGUGGCUCAGAUUUGUAAUGCAUGCUGAGCCACUUUUGCUUUACGUAUGUUGCAUUAUGUGUAUUUCAUUCAUGGUUCAUGUGUGUAUUGUAGUUUCAUUUAGUUUUACAGUGCUUGCUUUAUUCAGUUGGCUUAAAAUCAUAUACCAAGUGAUGUGUUGUAAGUCACUCUCAAACUACAUUGUUCACAAUUUCAAAUUCAAAUGUUUGCUGAACCGGUUGCACCUGAAUUAUUUGCUGUGAUAAAUGAGCCAGGUAGUAAUUUUAGAAGAAGGAGAAGAAAGAAGUCCUGGGACGAGUAAAGUGAAUAAUAUAUGCAUAAAUAUACAUUCAAAUUAGUAAUAAUGAUUUCUACUGAACAAUUUUUCCAUUUUAUGUUGAUUCAGCUUUGAGUUUUAAAGAGUUUUAUAUUUGCACAUUAUAUUUUAUGAUUUAUAACAUACUUCUGGAAAACUAUUUAUGUUUCCAUGUGAACCCAGUUCUGUUACUCUGUGGAAGGUUAUUGGGGACCCAGUUAUUAUAUAAGCAAUAUGUUACCAAAGGAUGUUUGCUUCUUAUGAAGUUAAUAAUGUCCAAGAAGGUAGUGUAAAGACAGGCUGUUUUUUUGUAGGACAAGACAUUCCAAGAAGAAAUGCUACUUUACAGAUCUAUUCUUACAACAGAGAUAACCAAAUAUUUAUGAGUAUUUUUAUUGAAUGUAUAAUUUUGUCUGGAAAUUGAGAUAUUCUUUUGUAAUGAAAAGGCAGGUCCCUUGUCUAAAUAUUAUUAGAAAAAUGCUUAAAUCGGAAAAGCUUUUGAUUUGAUUACUAUCUUUGUAAUGUGAUAAUGAAGAUAUGGAAUUCUAGUAUAUGUGGAAAGAUGAAUUUUACCAUUUUAUCAGAUUUUUUUUUGUAAAUGUCAUGAAAGUUGUAGAAUUUUAGGGUACUGUUUUUCAAUUUUGUGAAAGUCUUGAUGAAGGAGAGCUAGUAUUGUUUUAUUUCAUGUGUGGUUUUACAAAUGCCAAAUGUGAAUAUUACUUCGGUAUUUAUUUUAAUUUCUUUUCCAUUCUGUAUUUUAGUAUUUUUUUUUUUUUUUUUUUUACUUAGCUUUAGAAAGUAGUGUUAGCUAGUACUGAUUAAUAAUUUUUACAGCAAGACAUUGAUUUUAUAGUUUUUUUAGUUUGUUUUUUAUGCUUAUUGAAACCUCCUUAAGAUAUGGACUGUAUCUUAAACAGGUAAAUUUCAGACCCUGUGAAUCUGAAUAACUUUUUUUUUCUUUGUUUUUUUUUACUCAACCCUUAGUCAUCGGGUGGUAUGUACGUACAAGCCAUGGCAUGCCAGGACUAUAUUCUGGGUGGCAUGUACGUAAAUGGCAUGGUGCGCCGAUCCCGUUUUCUGGGGGCACGUAUGGUCAUGCCCCGCAUGCUAGGGUGACGACACAAGCCCUCGGCGGUGGGGCCCGGGAGAGAGCGCUUGCGUAUCAGGAAGUCACCUGUUAGUAUUGGGUUAAUCAGAAAAUAGAGCUCAAAACGUAACAUAUUCCUGAGCUAGGAACUACUUAAGAUUGUGUGGGAUUUUUGUGAAUUAUGAAACUAUUAUUCAAAAUAGAUCUUUCAUGCUAUCUAAAAAAAAAAAAAAAAAAAAAAAAAAAAAAUGAAGAGCUGUGCCAAUCAUAUAUGAUUAAACAAAAGUCUGAAAAAGGUAAUAAAUAUGUAAACAGUGUUGUUUUUAUGUUUUUAUGUAUUACCUUUAUAUAUAUAUCUGUAUACUUUUUUUGUAUGAAAAACAAAGACAUCUAGGGAAUAGGCACUUCUUUAUAAGUGUUUGUUAAUGUUGGAGCUGGUAAUAGAGACUAUUAUUGGACUACUUUGCAAAUUAAAACAAAAGUUUUGAGCCCUAUGAAAGAAAUGGAAAUUAAUAGAAGAUAUCUGAUUUGAAAAUUGAGAUUGUAUAUUAGUAUCUGAUAUGUAUAGAAUGUUCACUUGGAAUAGAAGCUACAUGCCAAAACAUUUUAUUCAUAUUGAGAGACUUGGUUGAUUGAAAGGACCAAUUAGUAUUCACAGGUAUGUUUCAAUGCAGUGUUGCUGGGAAGGUGUGAUGUCCACUAGUGGGCCUAUGUGUGACCUAACUUGAUUUUCCCUCUCCUUGAGUUUUUAGAUUUUUCUUUCUAAUGCUAUUAGUAUCAAUGAUGUUAUUAGUAUUAUUACUGAUGUUAUGAUUAUUAUAGUGUUAUUAACAAUACUUAUAGCAAUAUAAAAUUAAUAAUAUUAUUUUCAAAGAUCAAGGAAAAUGUUAAAUAGAGGAGAUAGAUAGGACUAGUAAUUCUUAAGUGAGUCAGUAUGGCAUGCUGUCCCCAGUGGCAGUGGGUUACGCUGAGAGUGGGGCAUUAAUUUUUUUGGAAAUUAUGGGAGAAAUAAUAUGAGACAGUUGUAAUUUUUUUUUAUACAUACAGUAGAAGGCAACUAUAUUAGGGAAAUAUGAUAUAUGUUCAAUCUUAUCACAAUCGUACACUCACUCACUACAUGUAAUACUAAAGUGGAUACAGUAGUAUUCAUUCUCUGGACUCCGUUAUCAUAACAGGGAUUCAGUAGCGAAUAAGCAUGAAUGAACAACAAGUUCAUUCAUGGAGAGACCAGAGCACCAAAGUUAAGUUCAAUACACACAUUUAAAAAUAUUCAUCUCAUUUUGCUUCUCAUGAGUUCACAUUUUUCAUUCUUUCAUUUCUUAAAGUUUUUAAUCAUCACUUAUUCAAAAUGGGCUAUAUACGAAAGGUGUAGAGUUCAAAAUUCUCAAAUGAAUAAUUGCAGGAAAUUCAUGUGAAAUACUAUAACAACAAUUCUUCAGAAUCAUACUGUUCUGAUGUCUGUAAUGGCCAAAAAGAGAGAGAGAGAGAAAAAAAAAAAACGAGCACAGGGCACAAGGCAGAAUGCAAUGUCAAAGAUUUCUCAGCAUUUAAUCAUCUGAUAGAGAAGAUAAAGCUACUCCAUUAUAAGGGGGACAAAAUACAUGUUACUUUUAUAAGAUCAUUGUUAUCAUCAGCAUUUUACAUUCUUGUUAUUUAAGGGAAGAAAAUGAUAUUUGUAUUAUGUCCUAUAGUUGAUGGGCAAGAGCCUUAGUAAAUGAAUCUAAUAUUUAUAUGGGUGUCAACCACAUGUUAAUGUAUGUCUGCACAAAUGAAAGCAUGUAUAUAUAUAUGUGUGCAUGCAUUUAUGCCUGUAAGCAUGUAUGUGUAUAUUAUAUAUAGGUGAAAUAAAGAAAAGAAAAACAUAGAAAAGAUAUUUGGAAUAAAGAGAGAGAUGAGAUCGAAGGAAAAAAUGAAAAGACAUGAGACAGAGGAAAAUAUUUGUUUCAAUUUCAAUUUGUUAUACAAAUUUCUGAUAAAAGUUGAAGCUAAUUAUUUUUGAAAACUUGGUAUAGAGCAAAGCACAAAACUUCUAUUAAUGUGUGUAUAGAAAAAUUAUUUUAGGUGUAAAAAGAAUUUUUGGUUGUACUUGAGCUUUUUCUAGCACAGUUUUUAGUAUUUUUCUGUAUCAAUGUCUGUAAGGCUCACUGCAUUAUGUUCUCUCUACAGCAUAGAGGGGAGAGAGAGAGAGAGAGAGAGAGAGAGAGAGAGAGAGAGAGAGAGAGAGAGAGAGAGAGAGAGAGAGAGAGAGAGAG